AAUGAGCUUCCCAUAAUAAGAUUACUUGGCAAUGUUAAAAGCUAAAACUCCACCUUACCCUCCAGUAUAACAAAGUUAAUAAACUCCUAUGAUCUAUCCGAAUCCCCAAUUUCUGUAAGCAACAACUUCUUAUUUUCACUCAUAUAUACUCUAUAUACUUAUUACUCUAAACUCUUAUAAUAUUUUAGACCACCAUUAAUGAACUAUCCACCUUACUAUAUGAUGAUGCAACAAUUAUAACAAAUCCCUUAGAUGCAACAAUUACCUCAAAUGGCUCACAUGAGAAUUCCAAUGAUACCCUAAACACACUAAUUGCAAAAUAUACACUAGCCAGUUAUGCCAUUUUAAAUGUAAUAAUAGAAUCCAACUUAAUAAAAAAUUGAUCAUGACAUUCCUGUGACUGUAAAAGGUACAAAAGUCAAACUAAAUCUCAAAAUCAUUAAGGAUUUACCUUAUGAAGAAGAUAGUAUACUUGAUUAUGAUGAAAUUAAAAAGUAAAGUGCAGAUCCCAAAUACAUAAAUUUGAAAAGAAAACGCCGACUUCUAGAUCAGUAAGAAGCUCCUUUAAUGUAGACCAGAAGGAGAAGUGAAUAAUCAUAAUGUACUUAUAAAGAUUAUGGUUAUAGAUUUAGAAAUACGAGAAAUGUUGAAAGUUGAUGAUAAAGAAAUGACUAUUAUUUUAGAGGCUUAUCCUGAUACCAAAACAUUAUUAUAAGAAUUAAGAAGAGGAAACUUAAAGAGGGAAAUUGAAAAGUUACUACUCAAAUGA